ACUCUUUAUUCUUUCUGUAGUAUAUAUAUUUGUUAUUUUACAAUCCACAAAAUUGAUCAUCAUCACAAUGAUGAUCAUCCAUAAGAAGUCGGAGCUUCUUCAGAAGGUAGAUGACACGAUGGCGGUGCUGCACAAGCACGCCGUCGCGGGCAGGGUAGGGGGAAUCCUAGUCGGUCUCUUUGCCGAACCACGGCUGAACACUUGUUCUACAGCAGAUAAGGGCACUACGUUGGACUGUUUUAUGGAUUCCAGUGAGGGAGAGUGGGCGCUGGAUUUAGACAAAUCGGGGUUCAUGAGUUGCUGGGGGAGGAUACGGCAAUCGGAGAUGAAGCUGCUCAUGGAGAAGAAGCUUAUGCCAUCUGGGUCAAGGCGACAAGCUUGGCGAUGGUUCCAACGUUUAAACUUGUGUGUUCGGAACGCUGUUUCUCUAAUCUGACGACUUCAUGCUUAAGUGUGAUGACUUUUUUUUUUCAAAAGAAAGAUGCUUCUUGCUUUGGUUUUUUGUGCUUUUUCCCCAAGUUGCUUCAGAACCAAGUUGUCUUUUUCUUCGGCGUUCUUUUAUUCUCAAGAAAUAAAAAGGUAUUCGUGGG